CUCGGUGAAGACCACUGCCAUGUUGGUGGCAGUGACCAGUAGGACCAGAACGACCACCACGUAAUCGUCCGCAGGCCUGGGCUCCUCAACCAUUAUGGGUUGCUGCCUCCGACGGCUGCAGCUGCUCUCCACCUGCGUGGCCUUCUCCCUGGGAGCCAGCGUGGGCACCUGGAAGGGGACCAUAGGUAACUGGUCCAUGUUCAUCUGGUGCUUCUGCUUCGUCGUGACCCUCAUCAACCUCAUAGUCGAGUUAUGUGAGCUCGAGGAUCACUUCCCCUUCUCCUGGGACAACUUUCUCAUCACCUGCAACUGCUACUCUGCCCUCCUCUGCCUCUCGGCCUCCAUCAUCUACCCCACCACCUACAUUCAGUUCUUGCCCGAUAGCCGCUACCGGGACCGCACUAUCACCUCCACUGCAUUCUCCUGCCUCGCUUUUGUGGCUUAUGCCAUGGAAGUGGCCUGGACUAGGGCCCAGCCCAACAUGAUCACAGGCUAUAUGGCCACUGUGCCAGGCCUGCUCAAGGGGCUGGAGACCAUUGUGGCCUGUGUCAUCUUUGUCUUCAUCAGCAGCCCCUACCUGUACCUGCACCAGCCGGCCCUCGUGUGGUGCGUGGCCGUGUACUCCAUCUGCUUUCUCCUGUCAUCUGUGGCCCUUCUGCUGAACCUGGGCAAGUGUGACAACAGGCUGCCCGUCCCCUUCCCCAUUUUCCAGGUUGUGCUCACUCUGCUGUCCGUCCUCCUCUACGCCACCGCUCUGGUCCUCUGGCCGCUCUACCAGUUCAACCAGAAGUUUGGCGGCCAGCCCCAGCGGUCCAGCGAUGUGAGCUGCAGCGAUAGACUCACCUCCUUGGUGUGUACCUGGAACCAACGACUGGCUGUGGCCAGUCUGACAGCCAUCAACCUGCUGAUUUAUGUGACUGACCUGGUGUUCUCGGUCCACCUGGAUUUUGUCAGUGGCUGA